AUGUGUUGUUCACUAUAUAAUAAAGUCACAUACGACAAUAUACGAACAUCGAAAGAGCGCUUAAAAGAGAGACGAGAGGUCGCUAUGGCACCAAUGUUCCAGCAGUUCUUGAGUAUUUGCAUGGAAAAAUUUCCUGAAACUCUAGAGUUCAAGAACAGCGAUGCAAACGGUAAUAUCACUACCACUAUUCUGGAAAGGAAGAUGAUCUACAUUCCUGAGGGUGACCGUCAUGCUACUGACAGUCCCAAGUGUAUAAACUACAGGUUCCACAAAUCCUGCGGCGACCAAAUGUUGGACUCAUGUGUGCAAUUAGUAGACGAACACCUUGGCGCCAAGUAUCGCCGGGCCUCGCGCAUUAUGUACGGCAACCGGAAGCCGUGGAAGGCAAACAAACUCGUAGAGAUGAAAAGCGCCGGCCUUGUGUAUGUCAGUUACUGGGACAACGGCGUGCUGGGUGCAUUUGCCUCAUUCAUGCUUACAGAGGAAACGGGGCUCGUCGAAGGCGAUGUUGCACAUGAGGUCAGCGUGCCCGUGAUUUACCUUUACGAGGUACAUGUAGCUUGUGCACACCGUGGGCACGGGAUCGGUCGGCGGCUAUUGGAGCGCGCACUGUGCGAGGGAGUAGCCCGACAUGUCCGCCGCAUAUGUGACAAUUUCUUCGGUGUAGCACUCACCGUAUUCAGCGAUAAUACACGGGCACGGCGGCUGUAUGAAGCACUGGGAUUUUACCGCGCUCCAGGAUCACCCGCAGCAGAAACGGCAACAAUUCGUCCAACGCGACAUGGUGGGGGUCGUCUCUACGUGCCACGCGAUCCGCUUUAUUACGUAUAUUGCCUUCACAUGCUGUGA